AGUGUGUUGCGCGGCUCCCCAGAGCAGGUUUCGAAUCGAGUCGGCCGGCAGACUUGACCGACAAAAAUAAAUACCACGACGACUUGCCAAAAACUCCUUCUAUUUACUUUUAAUCGAACAUCUGUGCCCGUUUAGUUCCUCAGUUUUGUGAAUAUGUGCACGCAAUAAUUUAAGUGUUCGCUAUUUACAUUUAAUUCAGCAAAAAUGAAUACGGCCGAAAACGGCGAAUCCGCCAGGCAGGACAUUUCGACUUCGGUUGCUUUAUCCAAAACCACCACAAUCAGCACCAUUGCCGUUCAAAGUGGCAAAACAAGGAUUGUUAUUGCUCUCUUGCACUGUGGGGAUUGGAUGCAACUAAAAGUUUUGGAAAUCACACCAGAAUUAACUUCUCUAGGAGAUACACUUCCAGAUGCAUUAGAGUUACAAAAAGCACACGAUGAAGUUCUUAGACAAUUACAGAACAAACAAAGUCCCGUGGAAGAACUCCUCAGACAAGCCGAUCAGUUAAUAGCGACCCAAAAACCUCGAGCAGAAGUUUACGCGGCGAUGGCAGAAUCGCUGGGAAGAGCGUGGAAAGACAUAAACUCCCUCUUAGAAUUAAGAAAAAUAAUACUCGAUCUGAACGUCCAGUAUCAUACCAAAGCCGGUGAGUUUUUCGACAGCAUGGACAAAUUGGAAGCUUCCUGUUCAGAUGCCAUCGUACCAGCUGAUAUAGAAGCUGUAAAGGUUUUACUGACGACAAUACACGAUCUCAGGAGGACGCUGUUGGAAUCGCUGAUGGCGGCUCUUCAGGCGGGAAACUCGCUUUUGGGGAAACUUAAGGAACUUGGAGCCGAAGGCACACUCGACUCGAGACCCGAACGAAUUAGAAUUUCAGUUAACCGAGCAAUAGCACAAGUACAGGGUUGGAUGGACCAGUUGCACAUACGAAGACAAACUUUAGAAAUAAACUUCAACAAUCGAAAAACCAAACUGGAACAAUGUUUAGCUUUAGCAAUAUUAGCAUGCGAUUUACGCGAACUAGACGAAUUAGUACAAGCAAGAAGAGACAGCUUGCAAAGUAGUAACCAAUUGGGGAACUCUUCCUCAAGCGCCGAAUUAUUACUGCACGAACAUAAAAAGUUAUUGCCGGAAGCGCAACAGCUACAAGAAAAGGCUCUAAAAAUAACAAAGGCGACCGAACAAUUGGUCGCUUCCGGAUGUUUUGCUGGGGAACAAGCCACCAGCAAGUCCUAUGAAGUUUUGUCAUCUACCUCUAGUUAUCUGGAGGAGUUGACUGACAGAGAAACGUUGCUGGAGAGAGUCAUCAGUUUCUUCAGAUUAGCACAAACGGUAUUAAACAAACUAGACCAAAUAGAGGUACAACUUAAAGCUACGGAACUCGCCAAAACUUCCCCACAACUCGCUCAACUUCAUUCACAAUGCGCGAAAACCAUCCAGGAAGCAACCUCAGCUCCUAUUCAAGAUGGCCAUGCCAUCCUCGACCUGGCAGGUCGUAUGAAUUUUGGGACUGAAGGCGUCAGGAUGAUGGUGGAAGAAUUGGAAAAUAAAAAAAUUGUCCUGGAUGGGCUUUGUACAGCCCAUAAGGAAGAAAAUAUCAGGAUUAAUACGGCGCUUAAUAACUUCUUGGAGAAACACAAUGAAAUUUAUCAUUGGCUGGUCACUAUUGCUGAUGCGUUUCUUCAAAGACAUAGAGAUAUGGGAAGCGAUCUACCUUCAUCCAAAGAAUUUCUUGAUUUGCACAACCAGUUGCAAGUUGACCUACAGACUAAAGGAAAUGAGAUAAACGCGCUUUUACUAACACUGCCACCAAUUCUAGAAUACCUAGAAGACAGCCAACGUAAAGAUGUAGAUGCCAAAGUGGAGGAACUCCAUAACCGCUGGAUGCACCUCAAAGGUGUUUUAGAGAACAGAUUGGGCUUAUCCAGAGUUUACGUUAAGUUCCAAAUGGAAGCCGAUAUUGUUAACAAGGAAAUGGACGAGCUGGAAUCUGUUAUCAAAAGACAACAAAGUAAUAUCGAUGAUACUUUGUUAAAUAGUAUUGGAGAGAAGUUUGAGUCUGUGGUUCCAUUAUACAAUUCUGCGAAAAAUACGGGACUGACGUUUAUUAAUCAAGCACAAGUGGUAUCCGAACCGCAACUAGAUGCAAAGCGUGCCUGUGCGUGCGUGGAAUCCAUACUGGAAAGACUGUCUAGAAGACAACUAGUUGUUACGAAAAAUUGGGACACUUUCAACACAGAAGUUACCGAAAAACGUGAACUCCUAGUGCGCCUCGAACAAACCAUGGAGGAAUGCACAAAAACGAUUAGUUUGGUAUCCAAAUUGGACUCCCAAUUGUACCCAAUAAUAACAACAAGCUCGAAAAAACCUUCUGAUAUAAUAGACCUACUAGAAAGUAAACUAACCACAGUUAUUCCCGAAAUUAAAAAGGCUCAGAAAGACCUUGAUGCGAAAAUCAAUGCUACCGAAGAACUUAUUUCCAAAACGCAGUCAACAGAUGACCAAUCGCUGAAGGUUAAGGGACAACUAAACCAAAUUCAACAAAAACUAAUCGAAACUAACUCUGAAUACCAAAUAUUGUUGCAAGUAUUGAUUGGAUACUUCAAGAAUUUGGAAGAAAUUGACAAAAAGGCUGAAAACUUUAACAAUCAAUUCGAGAAGAAUGGAUACCCACAGUCCCUCAACGAAGUGGAAAACUUGCUAAGAGAACAUGAACUUUCCAAAGAAACCAUCACUGAACUGUUUAGGUUUGCUCAAAGUGAAUGCGAGCAAAUAUGCGAUAGAAUUAAGAAACAGGAACCUGAUGAAGCAGCUCGUCAUGACAUUCAAAAACUGCAGCACGUUCUUGAACUAAGAAGAGAAACAUUCGAAAGUCAAUGGAGUCAACGUCACGACAUCAUUUCCAUACAACGUGACCUCACCCAAUUUAACAGUGAACUUAACCAAGUAAAUGGAGAAAUGGACAACAUUAACAAAAAGUUGGAAGAUAGCAAGGGGCAUUACGGAGAUUCUGUUUCUGGUGCCAAAAACGUAUCACAAAAUUUCGAACAAUUGGAAUCCACAGUAAAGACCUUCGAACAGCGCAUCCAAACAUUUGUAAAUUCUGCCGAGAAAUUGUUGGCAGACCGCCACCCAGAGUCUCCUUACAUUAAACAACAAACAACUGAAGUACAAGACAAAUGGAACAACGUCAAAAAGAAGGUCGAAGCGACCAGGAACCUUAUAGAUCUCAGCGUUCCUUACUUUACAUUGGUUGAAGAGACAAACGAAUGGAUUAAGGAAAGUAACCGCGAACUAGUCAAUGUUGCUAAGAAAUCUUCGGCUGUCAAGACGCCUGAACAAGCAGAUAAAAUUCUUAAUGAAAUUAAUGAAUUUAUUAAAUCUGGAGAAGAACCCCAAAAUCAAAGAAUUUGUAAACUUCAAGAAAUUUCCAAGAAACUAUAUCCACAAGAAGACACCAGAUAUGUUUCUAUUAUACAAGAAACCAGGGAAUUAUUUACGUCAUUUUCUUCUGUUCUUCAGGAUGUCAAAAUUCUUGGACAAAACUUACGCGCUGCUGAAGAAGAGCGUAAACGCAAAGAGGAAGAAGAAGCCAGGUUGGUUGAAGAAGAACGUAAGCGCAAAGAAGAAGAAGAAAAAGCCAGACUGGUUGAAGAAGAACGUAAGAGCAAAGAAGAAGAAGAAAAAGCCAGACUUGCUGAAGAAGAACGUAAGCGCAAAGAAGAAGAAGCCAGACUGGCUGAAGAAGAACGUAAGCGCAAAGAAGAAGAACAAGCUAGACUUGCUGAAGAAGAACGUAAGCGCAAAGAAGAAGAAGCCAGACUGGCUGAAGAAGAACGUAAGCGCAAAGAAGAAGAACAAGCUAGACUUGCUGAAGAAGAACGUAAGCGCAAAGAAGAAGAAGCCAGACUGGCUGAAGAAGAACGUAAGCGCAAAGAAGAAGAACAAGCUAGACUUGCUGAAGAAGAACGUAAGCGCAAAGAAGAGGAAGCUAGGUUGGCUGAGGAAGAAAGAAAACGUAUAGAGAAAGAAGCAAGGUUGGCCGAAGAAGAAAGAAAGCGUAAAGCAGAGGAAGCUAGAUUGGCUGAGGAGGCACGUUUAGCAGAAGAGAAAAAACUUGAAGAUGAACGAAGAAAGGCAGAAGAAGCAAGAUUCGCUGAAGAAGAAAGAAAGAAGGCAGAGGAAGCUCGUUUGGCCGAAGAAGCAAAGAAAUAUGAAGAACUAAGAUUGGCUGAAGAAGCUAAAAAAGCAGAGGAAGCUAAAAAAGCUGAAGAAUUACGGCUGGCUGAAGAAGCACGUUUGGCAGAGGAAAUUAAGAGGAGUGAAACUAUUACAAUUACGGAAAUAACUACGGUAGAACAUUCCCGAAGUGGUAAAACACCUGAACCAAUUGUAGAAGAAUCUUUGGAAGCACCUGAUUUCUCUUCGCCAUUAAGUGAUGCCGUUCUUCAAGAAGGCGGAAAAUUCACUUUUAUAUGUCGUGUUACUGGCAAUCCAAUGCCAAAUGUGACAUGGUCGAAAGAUGGCAUUUCUAUUCAAAAUAAUCCCGACUACCAGACAACGUUUGAAAAUGGUUUAUGCACUUUAACAAUUGAAGAAACGUUUGCAGAAGAUUCUGCGAUGUAUACCUGCAAAGCUAGUAAUUCCGUCGGUACUGCCGAAACCUCUGCAUCGCUUUCUGUUAAAGAAACCGAACCCGAAGAACAGCUUAUCGCGCCUUCUUUCAGCAAACUCUUAACUCCAUCUACUACAAAAGAAGGUGCCACUUUCCAGUUUGAAUGUAAGGUUGAAGGAAACCCUCUACCAAACGUUCAGUGGUUUAAAAAUUCCGAAUGCAUUGAUAACUCGCCAGAUUAUGUUAUAACUUAUAAUAAUGGAGAUGCUAUUUUAAAGUUCGAAAAAACUUCUUUGGCCGAUAAGGCCGAGUAUACUUGUAAAGCUGCCAAUGAGCUGGGAACGGCCCAAUCCACAGCUAAUUUAAUAGUUACACAUUUAGAGCCCACGGAAAUACCAGCUUUUGUAGCACCGUUGUUAAAUAUCAUGGCAAGAGCGGGACAAAAGAUAAAAUUGGAGUGCGAGGUUUCAGGAUUGCCCCUUCCCAUAUUGACUUGGUCACAUAACGGCAAACCAGUGAAGGAAACGCGCGAACUUAAGCUCAUUUUCGACGAAAACAAAGCCAUCUUGAUAAUUAAUGAAGCGUUCCCAAAAGAUGCUGGCACUUACACAGUAAACGCUAAAAACAUCGUAGGAGAAGCAGUGAGUUCUUGCAGUGUAUCAGUGAAAGGCCGUUUACCGAACGAAACGUCAGAUUCGGAAAUGGCGAGUGAUUUGGAGCCCAUUAAACCAUCGAUUCAGCUACCCCUGCAAAACGUAGACAUCGCCGAAGGCAGUCGCGUACGUUUGGACUGCGUUAUAGUUGGACAACCGGAACCAGAAGUAAUAUGGUAUCACGAUGGAAAACCUGUAAAGGAAUCAGCUGACUUUCAGCUGCUCUUCCAGGGCGACCGUUGUUCUCUAAUUAUCCAGGAAGUGUUGCCAGAAGACGCGGGUGAAUAUAAGGUCAUAGCUCUAAAUUCAGCCGGCGAAGCGUCAAGCAAAUGUAUAUUAAGUGUUACACCAACCGGUGACUCAAACACCGAUUCCGCGCCACAAGAACAAAAAAUCGAGGCUGUUGGAACACCGCCAAAGUUCAGCAAACUUUUGACGGACGUGCUCGUAUCAGAAGGAGACAAAGUUAUUUUUGAAGGAAACGUUACUGGAGAGCCAAAACCGGAAAUUAAACUGUUACUUAAUAAUUUACCUAUUUCGGAUACAGAACACUUUAAAACAACUUAUGAUAAUGAGGGUAAUAUAAAAUUGGAAAUUGAUAAUGUUCGUCCAGAAGAUAAAGGUGUUUACACUGUAAAAGCUAUCAAUUCUGCAGGGGAAGCCAAAUGUUUUGCUCAACUUAUUGUUAAAUCAUUUAAACCCCAAGAAUCCGUUAAACAUGAAGAGGUUAAGAGCGCCCCAGAAUUCAAGGAAUUAUUUAACGACCGUGUUGCAUUUGAAAAUACUCCAAGCAAGUUUGAAUGUAUUGUUAGUGGUAAACCAACCCCUAAAAUUAAAUGGCUCUUUAACGGCAAUCCUAUAUCCGGCAAAGAUUUCCUUAUAUCUACAUCUGGCGAUAGACAAGUUUUAUCUAUUCCAGAUCUCAAAACAGAACAUAGUGGUACAAUAACUUGUGUAGCCGAAAACGAAAUCGGCAAGGCCAGUUGUGCUGCUACUUUAUCAGUACAAUCUUCUUUGGCCAUAACUUUACCAGAACAACCAUUUGGCAUCGAAUCCACUCAACAUAUCGAAUCUUCAUACAAUGUGAAUCGACAAGUUGAAACUAAAUCGACAACUUCUUCCUCUAGCAGAGUCAUUUCAUCAACAGGCGAAAUAAUUAAACCCCAUUCUGAAGUCCACAGUUACACUGCUCAUGAUACCCAAAUCGUGCAACAAGUCAAUCAACAACAUCCGAACAUUCAAGAAACGCAUAAAGUUCACGAAUUCCACCAAGUCGACAACCAACCACCUGUCAUUACUGAAAAGUCAACAUCUACAUUCUCAAGCAACAUGUUAGCCGAAAAUCAAAUGAAAUCUAUUCAGCAACAAGAAAUCAAAAGACCCAUUAUAACCAUCAAAACAAGACCACCGAAAUUCAUGACUCCCGUCAUGGGUAAAAUUAUCGAUCAAGAAGUCGAUGUUGUUUUAGAAGGUAUCCUGGAUGGCCAACCUACUCCAGAUAUCAAAUGGACCAAAAAUGGCGAAGAACUUAUUCCAAAUGAUCGUAUUAAAAUUACAUGGGAACACAAUCGCACAACCGUCGAAAUUAAGAACUCCAAUAUAAAUGAUGCCGGUCGUUAUUCAUGCACUGCCAAAAACGAGGCAGGAACUGCUGUCAGCACUGCCGAUUUGGUUAUAAGAAAAAAAGUAUUUCCACCAGUAUUCGGAAGACGCCUUCAAGCUCAAGUUAUUAAAAAGGGUGAUAGAGUUAAUAUGAACGUUGAAGUAACUGGAACUCCAGAACCAUUAGUAACAUGGUACAAAGAUGGCAUACCAAUUGAACAAUGUUUGAAAGAAAAUCACAAACUUACUUCAAUGGGAAUUUCUCAUACAUUAAUUAUUGAGAAAGCUGAAAUGCAUCAUAAGGGAAAAUAUAUGGUUAGAGCAGUUAAUGAAGGAGGCGAAGCUCAGAGUAUUGCAGAUAUAGCAGUAUUUGAACCAACUCCAGAUACCAUGGUAGAAGUAGUCAAGACUGUUGUAUUUGAGGAUGUUCGCAAGCACGAAACUUUGACAUCGGCUGCUGACAAGAUAUCAUCAACUUCGACUACUCAGAAACCCAUUUCAAUUGAGCCCCCCAAACUUGAAUUAGUCCAGCCUUCAUCACUUCUAUCGACUAGCGAAAUAUCACAAUCAAUGUCCUCAAAGUCUGAAAUUAAAACGAUAACCGAACAACAAACAUCACAACAAGUAAAAACUAUUAAAUUGGAACACACUGUUCCUGAUGUACCAAUGCCAAAACCGGUACAACGUAGAGAAGAACACAUUGAAAGACAAAUAGGUUUUGAAAUUUGUCAACCACCUAUUAGUACUCAACCAGGACUAGAGGAGAAAAAUGUUGAAAUUCAAGAUACCGGUAUUGAGACUAGUUCAAUUUCUAAACAAUCUUCUUUACAAUACUUUGUCAAAAAGAUUAAGGGGGGUGAGCCAGAGACGCCUGCCAAAGACAUAACGAUUCCCGAACCCAUUAAACCAGAAAUUUUCCAAAAAUUCGAAUCUACAUCCCAAGAAACUCAAUGUCAUAAGGAAACUCCAAUACCAAUUAAAUUUGAUGUAGCCCCACAAAUUUCAGAAAAACAAUCAAAGUUUUCCUCAUCAAAACAAACCUAUGAAUCUUCAUCACAACCAGCUACCUGCCAAUACUCGGCGUUUUCAUCUUCCAAAGAAAUUAUUCACGGACAACCUAUUUCUCAACAAUCUUCUUCAUAUUCUAUGAGUACACAAGCUCUUGACUUAAAACCCGAACCUCCAGCAGAGAUAUGUUACGCUCCUAAAGUUGAGACCGUUAGAAAAGAUCAAGUUUCUGAAAGAAUUAAGAAAAUAUCAGAAUCUCAAAAAGAAUUGCCUCCGCAUGAAAUUCCACAAGGAGGCAUAAAAAUAUUCCCAUCGACCUACCAAGCACCAGAAAUUAAAACUGAACAAUCAUUUUCAGAAAAAAUUGAGAAGUCUUAUCAGAGCUCCUCAUUUAAAUCGUCUUCCUUUAGUACGCAAUCAGAAAGUAGUAGCACAUUGCCAAAAUUAGAACCUAUGCUUCCCCCACCUGUCGUUGAACCAAUUCCUUCAGCAAAACAAAUGGAAAAAUCAUGGGCUCACAAAUUCUCCGAUACACACAUUGAGAAAUCAUGGGUCCCAGAAGAGUCCAAAUCUCAAACUUCUUAUUCGGCGCAAAGUACAAUGGAAAGAAAAUGGGGUCCAGAAAUAAAAACUCAUACGAUUAUAAAAGAAACCAAAACUGUUAUAGAACCACCUCCACAUGUUACUCACUACAUAGGUAAAGUUACUGGAUUACAUCACGAAGCUAAUAUUGUUGAACAAAAAACUGCUGAAUCCUCAUUUGGCCAAACUAAACAUUAUGAAUCCUUCCAAUCUGGUUAUGAUAAAGAGCACAUUGUUGAAGAUAAAAAUGUUAAACCUUCUGAAAUUAUUAAAUCAUGGCCACCAGCACCCCAACCCCAAGAGUACGUACCACCACCACCAAAAACCUUUAGUUCUUUGGAUAACUUGACAAUAAGACCAGUGUCUGUUCAAGAUAUUACCGAUGAAGUAUAUUUAGAACCUGGACCACCAGCCGAAAUCAUAUAUGCUCCACCCCCAAAAGUAAUGAUACCGCCUCCUUUGCCACCAAAAAAGGAAUUCCCAGCCGCACCACCAAUUCCCUGUAAACCCAUAAAACCAGUCGAUACAGUUAAAAAAAUAAUUGAUGUUCCCUCUAAGCCGUUUGAAAGAUUCCCAGAUUUGGAACCCUUCCCCUUUAAACCGAGCCCAGAAAAACCAAAACAUGCUAGAUCAGGUCCACCACCAACCCCAAGUAAAUUUAUCAAAGGUAGAUUUACAGAUAGCGAUUACGAAAGCGACUUUGAAUCGGGAAGAAUUCUUCCAAAGUGGAGACCAUGCACCAGUGACACCGAAGAACCUGGCUAUAGAAGAGUACGAGCUCCAAAACAGGUGUCCUCUGGUAGGUCACGUUCGACAGAACCUGAACCUUUACCACCUUCUAAAUUUGAACGUCCCCCAGAAUUAUCUGGUCCACCUAGACCUCAAAUAAAUUUUGAAGCUAACAAAUUUACUCAAGAAAAAUUCCAACAAACAAAAAAAUUUACAAAGCAUAUAAAGGAUAUUAAAAGGCCCAUUUCUCCACCAAAAAUUAAGCCAGGCUCACCCCCUGUUUUUGUGCAACCUGAACAAAAACCAACUAGUCCAAAACCUGUAACCCAUAAAGUUGUAAUGGAUGGUUAUAGCGCUGAUACCGAUGAACCAUUCUAUCAGCAACAACAAAAACGUUUUACUAAGACUGAACACAUGAGGCAAGAAGAAUAUAGACAUAUUUCUCAGUCUUCGAAUUACGAAAGCUCAGAAAAAAUCUGUAAAUUUAAACCUAAGAAACGUAUUUCUUCGGUUACUACAUUAAAGAAGGAACUCGUAACAACUCCAAUAAUUACCAGUGUUUCUUCUGAGCAAAUAGUCGAGCAACACGAUACGCAUCACAAAUUCGAACCGUUUCCAUUUAAACCUGAACCACCCAAACCUCAACAAUCCAAAUGUCCUCCCCCACCAAGUCCUUCCAAAUUCGUUAAAGGCGAAUUUCGUGAAAGUGAUUACGAAAGUGAUUACGAUAGCAAACAUCAAACAACAUGGAGACCUGUUCAACCUGUGACACCUGUAACUCCUACUCAAUUUUACCAACAACCAAGACCUAAGUUUGAGCCUAUCGAGAAAGUCAAAACAGCACCAAAACCUGCAAUGUUUAGACCAAAACCAAUAUCCGCGGCUCCGGCCGCUGAUUAUAUGGUAACUAGGCAAGAACCCCAAACUAUUCUUAUUCAACCAGGAUCACCACCUGAAAUAGCUUAUGCCCCAGGCCCUACCAAAACUCAGUAUUACAGAUCUACAACCAGCGCUCCUUACCAAAACGCCAUCCAACAAGAGACAUCCAAUAUAGUGCAUUUUAAUGAAUCUACGGAACACAGCCAUCGCACCGCAAGCUUCCAACAAACACAUAAAGUUAUCAAGUUUGGCGAUCAAUACAAAAAACAGGAAACCACCAAAUUGGAGCCAUUCCCCUACCAGCCUGAACCGGACAGAGGUAGAGGCAGAAGCGUGCCACCACCACCGACUCCCAGCAAAUUUGUACCUGGUGGAUUAAGAGAGAGUGAAUAUGAAAGCGAAGUAGAAAGCUCGAGAAUCAAACAAAUAUGGACCCCAACAGGUCCCGUGGAAGAUCUACACUAUAGAAAGGUGAGACCACCGUCCUCUACAAGAUCUUCCAGCGUACCUCCUCAGUCAGAAAGGGUUAUGACACCAAUGGAAUUUGACAGACAACCCCCUGUUUUAAUCAAAUCCACCCAUGUAUCAAGAGAUUAUACUGAUGGCGAGACCAGAAAAAAUACGAUGAGCUCAUACAAGAGGUUCACUGAAAAUAAAUCGAACCAAAUGGUAAAAAGAAGCAAUUCAUACGAACCUCCAGUCAAAACUUACAUCAGACCUGGUCCUCCUCCAGAGUAUGGCUACGCAGGAAACCAAAACAUGACCAAGUCUACUGCCACAAAAAUAGCAUCUCAAUACAUGGAUAGCAUGACAGAAUCAUUUAAGUCCAAGACGCAAAAGUUUGCGCAUGAGAUUAUGACCGAUGUUAACAACAAACAAUCUAGUCAAAAACCAAUUCUUAAAGUUGGCAAUGGUGAUGCUCAAGUAUACAGGGAGGAAUCUAGAGCCGCUCAACAUGGAACGAAGCAUGUUGACCCAGAUACUGGCUUAAUAUACUUUAAGUAUGAUUUUGGUUAUGAGUUUGGUAUAAUCCUUCCUGGGGAAAGUAAACAAGGCGAGAUCCCAGUUCCCAAGAAAACAAUUAUAGAACCACCAAAACGUACCUACGAUAUUGAAAUGCCUGUAUAUCAUGAAUCAUCCCAACCCACCCAUCAGGCCCCGACCCCACAAUUUAAACCCAAAAAGUUCGUAGCCGGUGGUAAAUGGGACCCGACAUCCGAAAGUGAAAUGUCGGAAUACGAAGGCGAGUACCGAAAGCGAAAUUUGCAGGGUUCAAGAUGGGAACCAUCUUCGUGUAGUCCCGUGUCGUUGUCACCUAGUUUGCCUAGCACUUCUCCGGCUUUUAAUAAUACUUUUGCAGGUCAAGGGAGACCCCAAACGCCACCCAGUUGUCCAAGUACUCCCGGAAGUACUCACGCUCGUAUGGUAAAUGCCGGUCAAGCAAAAGCACCCAUGUUUAUUACGCCAUUACGUGAUAUUGCUGUUGUAAGUGGACAAGCAGCGAAAUUCGAAUGUAUAGUUCAAUCGGAACCUCCACCAAAUAUUUUAUGGUCAAAAAAUGGACGGAUCAUUAACAACUCCCACGAUUAUCAGCUUCACUACAGAAAUGGAGUUUGUCGUCUGACUAUCUCGCAAGCUUAUCCUGAGGAUGCAGGUACUUAUUCUUGUACUGCAAGCAAUUCGGUGGGCACUGUAAGCACAACAGCGACUCUUCAAGUUCCAGGAGUUCCCUCCCACAUGUACGGUACUUACCGGCAAUUGAACACAACGAGAAGAAGCUCUUCCCCGGAAAUGCAAUUUUACACGCGACCGGAAUCGCCGGAAUCGUUGCCACAGCAAGUCGGUAAGUUAAAUGGUCUACGAUACCGACUAGAAAAUUACAACUGAAACACACACUAAUUACUAAAAUUUAAUUAAAU